GAAGGUCGCCAUCACGCUCAAGUUCACCCGCGUCAUCACCGGUCUUUUACGCACUCAUGAAGUCUGAAUACUCCCGCUCUUUUGUUGCGAAGGGUGAGACGGGAUCGCUACUGCCACUACUGGCCCACGAAUCUAUUUCGUCGGAGAACGAACGUUCGUGCGAUCGACAGUCGCGAUCUUGGCGAAGAUAUCUUUUCUGUGGGCUCGGAGCGAGUGCUCUUCUUCUUCUGGGACUGUUCUAUGUCUCGACUUUGGGUAUCAUCUUGCCAUCAUCCGAGACAUCUCUAUCUACUGGCGUGUUGGUUCGGCCUAAGUGCACGGUCCCACAAGUGAGAAAAGAAUGGUUCUCCUUCACACGCGCGGAGCAACUGGCCUACUUCGAUGCUGAGCUAUGCCUCAUCAACGCGCCCAGCAAGAAUCCUGCAAGUGGUGCCACCACGCGGUACGAAGACCUUGUAAUCGUACACCAGCUCAACUCAAUUGGGUGGUACGUCGAUGGUGCUUGGACUGGCGACCUCCUUCAUAAGACUGGCCGGUUCCUACCGUGGCACCGAGGUUUCACGCUGGCUCACGAGACACUUCUACGUAAUGAGUGUGGAUAUACUGGAAAUAUACCUUAUUGGAACUGGACGUCGGACGCAGGCCACUUUUCGACCGCCAAGAUUCUCACCCCGGAACACUUUGGUUCGAAUGGCAUAGGAGCGAACCAUGCUGUCGUAGAUGGACCCUUCGGCAACUUGACCCUUCAUCUCGGGCCAGGCACCGUGAACACCGUACACACGCUCAUGAGGAUCGUCGACGAAACCAACUCAACCUACGUCCAUCAAAAGUACGUCGACGAAUGCACGUCAGCGACCUCCUACGGCGCCUUCAUGCGCUGCGCCAACUCCGAUCCUCGAACGGAGCCCAUACACGGUGGAGGUAUGCACGGCGGCGUGCAUUUCGGUGUUGGAGGCGAUUUGACGGAUGUGUCCACUUCGCCUAAUGAUCCGAUUUUCUGGCUUCAUCACGGAAUGCUCGACCAGGUCUGGGCACGGUGGCAAGCCGAGAACGAGGGCCGUUUGGGAGAUAUCGCCGGGUUUUAUGACACGGCGACUGAACCGCUUUCGGGAUGGAGAAAUACCACUCUCGACACCGUCCUGGACUAUCAGGGCAUCAUACCCAGGCUGACCAUUGGCGAUGUCAUGGAUAUGAAGGGCGAUGUGAUGUGUUCUGUAUAUGAGUGAUUUGU